ACCACCACUGACCACCACCACUGUACAGUAGAAGCAGAGCCUCAGGAUGGUGUUCUUCAACUCUGUGAAAAAAUACAAGGGCCAGGACUACAACAAGCUGAAGAAGGAUUGCCAGACAAGAGGAACUCUAUUUAUAGAUGUCGAGUUCCCCCCUGACGAGAGGUCGUUGUCAAAAGUUCCUGGAAAAUUUGGGAACAUUGUGUGGAAAAGACCAAAGCAAAUCUGCAAUGAUCCUAAACUUUUUGUAGAAGGUGCCAGCUCUGGUGAUGUCACUCAAGGCAAGCUGGGCAAUUGCUGGUUUGUCGCGGCUUCCUCUUGCCUCGCUUCCUUCAAACAAAUCUGGAAUAAGGUGAUUCCAGAUGCCAAAGGUCAAGAAUGGGACCCAGAGAAGCCAGACAACUAUCAGGGCAUCUUUAAGUUCCAGUUCUGGCGCUUUGGUGAGUGGGUAGAAGUGGUCAUUGAUGACAUGCUGCCCACAAUCAAUGACCAGCUGGUCUUUAUCCACUCACAGAGCCGCAAUGAGUUUUGGUCAGCCCUGCUGGAAAAGGCUUAUGCCAAAUUGUUUGGCACAUAUGAGGCGCUGGAUGGGGGAGAACUGAGCGAGGCUCUAGAGGAUUUUACAGGGGGGGUGUCUGACACCUUGGAUAUGAUCAAGAUGGAAGUCUCAUCAAAACCUGAGGAGAGGGUGGCGCUGUUUGCUCGCAUGCAGAAGGAGGUGGAUAGGACAUCACUGAUGGCUGCCUCUAUACCAGCGACAUCACUAGAUGACAUGGAGGCAACAACAGAAACUGGACUGGUCAAAGGUCACGCGUACGGCAUCACAGCUGUCAAGAAUGUCCACCUGGAGGGGUCAGGGUUGUUUGGGCUUUUUAAUAGAGAAAAGUUGCCCAUGAUUAGGCUUCGAAAUCCUUGGGGGAAAGGGGAGUGGAAAGGUGCAUUUAGUGAUGGAUCCCCUGAGUGGAAUAAAAUCAGUUCUGGUGACAGAACUAAAAUAGGUUUAACUUUUGAAGAGGAUGGAGAGUUUUGGAUGACUUUUGAAGAUUACUGCAAGUAUUUUGUCCAGACUUGCAUCUGUAGAGUGGUCAACACAUCCAUGUUUAGCCUGGCCAAAACUUGGCAUGAAGGUCUGGCCCAUGGAGCCUGGAAGAUUCCAGAGAGAGCUGGUGGUUGCCCUAACAAUGCAGACUCAUUCUUAAAGAAUCCUCAGUUCAUGUUUGACCUGGUAGAUGAAGGGGAUGAGUGUAUGAUACAACUGAUGCAGAAAACUACCAGAGAGAAAGAAAAUGUUACGAUGGGAUUUAGCAUUUUAAAGGUGGAGAUGAACAGGGAGUACCGCAUCCAUGACGUGUCCCUACAAGAGAAGAUCACGUCAACCGUCUACAGAAACAGCAGGUCCAUUUUCCUGCGACAUGGUCCAAUGAAGAAAGGUCGCUAUGUUGUUAUACCAUCGACCUUUGACCCCAAUAUUGAAGCUAGCUAUUUAUUUAGAGUGUACACCAGUUCCCACAAUAACUUUAAAGAGUUGACCAAAGAGAAGCCGGUCAAGAGCUGGUACAACUGUUGUGGUAAAGCACCGGUCAUGGUGACCCACGUCCACAUUGUUGGUGCUGAUGGUCUAGAGAAGCAAGAUCGCACUGGAGGCGCAGAUCCUUACUGUAUCAUCUCCUGUGAAGGGACCACUGUCACCACAUCAUGCUGUAAGAACACAACUAAUCCAGAGUGGGAUGUGUCAGCAUUGUUUUAUAGAUCCAAUCCUACCAAACACCCGCUGAAGAUUCAGGUGUGGAACAACAACAUCCUGCGAGAUGACCACAUGGGCCAGCACCUGCUGACCACAACAGACGAGUGCAAGAGCCAGACUCUCAUGCUGGAUUUAUUUGGUCACAAGAAAAAUGAAACCACCGUGGCCAAGCCUGGGAAACUGACAGUUAGAAUUACCCAAUCCCGAAAUUUGACAUCUGUUUAGGUUUUCUUGGAGUGAUUUUAAAAUCUAUUUAUUAUUUAGUCUGCGUGCAUGAGGACAGUGUCUUGUAAAGUCACAAGAAAUUUCUCCACUUGUCAACAUUUCUAGUGAUUCUUUGCUUCUCUUACAAAGUAACUUUUGGUUCCCUCUUCACCAAUUGCCUUACAUGGGACCCCAGCAUUUAAUUAUAUUGCUUUGUUAAUUUUUAUAUUGUUUUAUCUUUUGUUAUAAAGAUUUUCCUACGUUAUAGGAUUUUUUUUUAAUUCCCACAUUUAGAUGUAGAUCUAAAUAUUUUAUUGUUUUAACAUGUUUUUAUAUUCAAUGAAAAUAGACUAGUACAAAAAUUUUAUUUAGCAAGUCACAAUUUCCUUCCAUUAUUUAGCUGUAGGCCUAUAUCAAAUUCAGUUUGUUGACAAAAUAUUCCAGAUUUUGUUUUUGCUCAAACAACUUUUACCAAUGGCCAAAAACAUUCUUUACCAACGCAUUGGCUAUCUCUAAUUUGCCUACAUUUUUUUUCUUCUUUUUAACUGUGCAACAAACGUAGAGGAAAACUUAUAAAAGCUUUGGAGUAUUAAAUCACUUUGUUGUGAAGGCAAAUGUUUUAAGUCAAGUAGACAGCAUUAGGAGAAAUCUGAAACAAUUGAUAGUUGCAGAAAAAAAUAACUUUGUUCUCUGUAUUUUCUUGGUCACUGUUUUGGACGAAUGUAACCACAUAUUUAAUAUCUUUUGUAAGCAAUUAUUUAUAUUUGGUGUUACUUUUAAAAAAGAUUUACUGAUUAAAUUCUUACAGCAUUAUUUUACUAUGUAUAGCCAACGGAUGUAAAGAAAAAUACUGUAUCUUCGAGUAUCUAAUCUCUUUAUAAAUAUGUCCCCUUAUGUUUCAACCUAAUUUAUUUUCAUGUAUUUUAUUGUGGCAAAAUUUUAAAAAAAGUGAACUUGUUUAUUUUCUCUUUUUUUAAGGGUAAUAUGCAAUUUUUCUAUUGAAUUUUUACAAAGCAAUAUUUGUAUGCCUUGUGGUGCUGACAUUUCUGGUUUUAAGAACUUUUUAUCUUUGUCAACUCUUACAAUUUACAAGAUAAUUAUUCCAAUAUUUUAUUAUUUUAUAUUAGUAAAAAACAUUUGGUCUUGUAAGGUGUUGUGUCUAGACAAAAGAAAAUAGCACUGUCAGUACUUACCUAUGUACGGACUUAACCUAAUGUACGGGUGGGUCUUACCUGGCCAUAAAGUUUACCUGGGUGCAAUAAAAACCUGGAACAAGUUGAAUUUAUGUCUAGAUGCAGUUUUUUUAAUCCUUGUACAAACUUUAUAUUCAGAGAAAGAUAAAAAUAAUAAUUCAUCACCCAGUGUGACGCUCGAAUAAGAAUAAUUCUAUUGUAAAUCAUUCCUGUUACCACACAAAUUUGAUACAUAUGCGCCAUUCUUAAAAAAAUGAAUAAUUUCUGCAAUCAAAGAUCAUUCAUUUAUUUUAGAAGUAACUAAUUGAAAAAGAAAUGACAUAAAUUGAAUUUUCUUGCAUUUUCAUUUUAAUAUUGCAAAGCUAGUUUUGCUUCCUUUUUACUGGUAAUGUCUGCUUUUUAUUUAGCUUGUGACCCUAUAAACCAACUUCAUUAUAUAUAUAUUAGGCCUAUAUAUAUAAUUUAUUUAUGACCUUGUUUUUUUUUUAAUUAAAAUAUUGUCAGCUGUGGUUACUUGGCAUAAUUUAUUUGUUUAAAUCAAGUUAAAUAUUGAUGGUAAUUAAUUACUACACCUCAUGUGGCCUCCACAUGUUUUUAUGGAUUUAGAUCUAAUUAUUUUAUACACUUCUACCUUUUUUUUUUUCUAAGCAUACUGGUAGGUCAUUACAAAAAAUUACUAAACAUUCAUUAUAAAUGUUGAAAUCCAGUAUAAUUUAUUUCUUCUAAUUUUAAAAAUAGCAGCACACUUAGAAUAUAACCAGGUUUAGAAGGCACACUGUCACAACCCAACAAAUGUGCUCUUUCACUUGUUUUAUUUUUUCAACUUAAUACAACUUGUAAGACGUCUAAAAUAGCAAAGUACUUAUGGCACUGCAGUCUUUUUGUACUUCAUCCUCUAUGGUCUGAUUUUUUAAUUUGAUUUAAGUUUAUAAUUUUUAAAAAUGUGAUAUGUAUAUUCAGCUUAACAGGAAGAAAUUCUGCAAAAGUGCAAUUUUUUUUCUAUUAUAUAACAGUGUCAAUACUGUUUCUGAUUUUAAUUGAAAAUAACCAAAAUUUUUAAAAUCAAUAUAAAUGUGGCCACACAUCGAAAUUUCAAAGUAGUAUGUUUUAAAAUUACAUAGUUCUUGAAUCUUGCCUUUGUCAAGUUAACAUUGAAUUGUGUAGAUGGCUUUCUCAGAAAAUGUGCUGAUUUGUUAGAUAUUUUGUAUGAAAUCUAUAGAUCUAUUUACAUUUCACAUAUUUACUCAAUUUUAUAAAGUAAAAUAUUUUAACAUUUAAA